UUGAAAUACGGUAUUAUAACUAAGGGAAAAGACAUUAAUGUAAUCGGGUGAAUAACUUUGAAUUGUGUUUUCGCCGAAAUUUCCAGGGAAAGAUCAUUUGUAAGGAAGAUGGGAGAACCAGGAGAGACGUCGAAUCAGCAAGAACACGGCUCUAAAGUCGGGAAUGUAAAACGCAAGGGUAAACUUACGGAGCUUGAUCGCUUGAAGAAACGACAGAAAGAAUUACAAAUCAUGAAAAUGUCGCAGGAAUGGGACGCUAGAAGACACAAGCGAAGAAUGGAUCGAAUCCAGUGGCUUCAACAAAGAAAAAAUCAUGUUCCCCCAUCAACUGAACGAGACCAAAAUACUGUGAAUACUGUCGAGGAUUCAAGAAAUGAGUAUUUGGACUCAAAUGUCGUCCUCUCCAAAACAAACAAUUCACCGGUGUCAACGCAUUCUAGCAGUGAAAUUUUCAGCGAAGGACUACGAGAAAUAGAAGUACAAUCCGAGGAGAAUGACCGAAUUGAAGAUGAAGCCUACGGAAAGAGGAAGUUUUGUGAGGAGGACGAUUACUACAGCGCGGAAGAGAGCCAUUGCACAGCUUGCGAGUCGAAUGAAGAAUACAAAUCAGUUGUUGUCAAAACUGAGCGCCUAGAUUCUGAUAGUUUUUGCAAUUCUAAUGAAUCGAAACAACCUAUUCAGUCUUACUCGAAAAACUCAUAUCAUACGAAUGUUGAGUCAGACAAGAAGGCUAGAAAAGAGGAUAAUCAAGUGUUUCUCUCUAAAACCAACGAAAAUCAAUCUACUCAUGCAUCAACUCUACCAAACGAAUCCAAUCGAGGGAGUCCCUAUCAACGGCUGGUAACAAUGGUGAACGCGCACCCCCCUGUAAUAGAGGAGAGAUUUCUGAACACUACAGUGUACCCCCUUGGAAAUGAAGAACGGUAUUCUAACAGCUCAGUUAUUGUGCAAGCUAUGAAACAAAGUGGUUUGGACGAAAAUGAAAUCGAUGACCCCAAUCUUUUAAUGGCUUCUGAGCCUGUUCGAUUCGAAGAUGUUUUACGUAAAGGAGGAACAUGUAUACAACGCCUUGAGACGCGAACAGUGGAAAUAAUGUCGAAACAGCCGCAAGGCAGAAUGCAAGAAAAACUUGACAAGGCUCCAGUACCGAGACCACACAGUCGAGAAUCGCCAUCCACAGAGGAUCAGAAAAGGAUUCGAAAAGUGGAAAAUGAACACAAGAACCAAGCGUUUCCUAAAAUCAAGCAAUGCUACUCCCUGAUUGGACAAGACAAUAAGUCAUCAAGAACCAGUCCACUCUCUUCUUCGAGGAGCACGGGAAGCCCAAUAGCAACUAUGGCCAGCUCUUCGUCUGACGUUUUUACGGAUAAAAACGAAAGAAGACUUCAACCCGUGGCUCAGUCUCCAUCAACGAGCAGCCAACCUUGCCCUCCAUCGGGUUAUCUCGUUCCUAUUUAUAAACCAUCCGCUGACGAAGUAGUAUACGCUUUUGUAGCUAACGCGGGUGACCGGGGCCUUCCACGAGCUCCGGAUCCCGGCAAAGUAUGCACCGAUGCGGGGUGUUAUCGUACUGAAACCGAUCCGAAAAAUGCAGUGCAGGUCGGGUAUUCGAGUGUACGGGCACCUACUACUACCAUCCAUCAUGGUAGAGACCCUUUACCACGUGUUGGCCAAACCCUCCAGUUGAAGGAAGCUCAUCAUCCAACUAAUGUCACGUGGGUGAAUACGCCGAUCGCCUCGACUGGGGAAAAACGAAACUUUGUCAACAAUAAUCAACCAGUCAGCGGUAUCACCCUUAAGAGUCCUGCGCAUGAGCAGGUAAAGACAUCCGGGAACUCACAGCGACGAAAUGACAAACAUUUGCACCGAGAGACAGAAAUGAUUAUCAAAACGAGGCACAACCCCAGCCCAGUGGUGACCAAUAUCAAUGGAUAUUCUUCGGUACAUACUGCGCAUGCGUCUCAGACAGCCAAUAAGAGUCCAGUUCUGAGAGCGAAUUCUAUAGACAACGCUUCAAACGAUCCCAUUAACAAUCCGACGGCUAUUUAUGUUCGGCCGAAGUUGGUUCCGCGUGAGAUCGUGGUUCCUCAUCACACGGGAUCGGGGAAUGUACCCAUCGUCGAGUAUAUCAAAACAGAUGCUAUUUGUGACAAAGAUCUUGGGAGUUGGACUGCAAAAAAUGUCGCCGACUUCAUCUCAGCCACGGAUUGCUCUGAAAGUGCGAAAAUCUUCAUUGAACAGGAUAUCGAUGGUAAAGCUGUCCUUCUACUCUCGCAAAACCUUUUUAUCAACCGCUUGAACUUAAAACUCGGUACGGCGAUCAAACUGUAUAACCACAUCGCGAACCUGCGCACUGCUUUACUGAUGUGAACCAACAUGCAGCUUUGUUGCCAUAGCGACGAUGGCCGCAUUACUAUAGCAACGGGAUUAAGGUUUGGCAUACUCUUACGUCACGUUCUUACUUGGAAUAGAAUUUGUUAAUUGAAUUUGACUUUGAAUAUAUCACUAGAGGAUUGGUCAGAAAAAGAGGACAUUAAUUUGUUUAUAUUGCAAUAUUACAUGACCUUGAACUGCAAUUUGCCAAUUACAAGAUUCUUGGGGUGCGUGUUACGUCAUGGCCGCCAUGUUGGUUGACGAUAACCAAGCAUUACUCACCAGCUUAUCUUGUUAGAUCRACCAAGAUGGCGGCUGUUUUAUUGCUAUAUAUAUUUCAAGGGAUUUUGAGUCGUAUGGAUGGACCUUGACCGUUUUUUGCCUAGAAUCAUAGAAUUCAGUUGAUUUCAAGUUUACAGAAUGAGAAUGUUUAGCGUUUUUCACGGCUAAGCAAAGCAGUUCAGUUCUUGGCCCAACUCAACUGAAUUCUAUUGUGAUUGUCUUCCCUUUGCUACAAUAAAGCAAAAUGUGACUGUAGUCAACGAGUGCCAGGUUGUGCGAGACGUCAUCAAUGACGUCUUGGAGUGUGACGUCAUAACUACCAUCAGCAAAGCCUGCGGUCAGCGUACGAGUCAGCCAAAACAGGGUGUAAUCAGGGGCGCUUACCAUUUACCCGGAAAAACUGGAAAUUCCGGUUGGAAAACAAAUGGUAUGUGUUAUUCUGAACGGAAAGUUCCGGAAGACUAGGCUUCUUGCGAUUGAGAUAAUCCACUUUUCCCGCUCUUUUCGCGUGUAUCAUUUGUUUGGAAGUCAAAGUUUCCCGCUCUUUUCUUACAAUUAGCGAAUUGAUUUCCAACCAAAUGAUUUGGUUUAAAUGGACAGCACCCUGUGUUGCGUUCGUUUGCUUCCUUUUCCGCUUUCUAGUUAAUUUUAAGUUGACUUUACUUCGUUUUAAACUCUAUGAUAACAUCAUAGUUAUUUCGUCGACUUCAUAUAUACAAAUUGGUCCCCGGCUCUUGGAGCAAUGUUCGUUUCAUUUAGUAGAGGGGUCUGGUGCAUGGGACAUUAUUCUACUAAUUAAUAAUACUUAUGGCGCAUGCGUAAUUCAUUCAUCAUACCCUCUAUCGCUCCAGGCCUUUGGUUUGCAUUUCGGAAUAAAACAUAAUAUAUUUUUAAACGAAAUCCCACUCGUUAAUCUAGAACUUUUUAAGGUCUUCGCGCAAAAUCUAAAUACGUAAUAGUCCCCCUUAAACAGUUCCCGGCGCCAUCUUGAAAGGUAUAGCCGUGCCUUUGCAUCGAACGAGACGAACGGUGAGCUUGCAAGAUAAGGACAUGUAAAUAAUUGUUCAAGGUGUUAAAAAAGGUCUCUAUGAUUGCAAGCUCGCCGUUCGUCUCGCUUCGAUGCAAAGGCACGGCUAUACCUUUCAAGAUGGCACAGGGAACUGUGAGGGGCACUAUGAUGAUCAUUCUUCGUCUUAUCAAGUCAUCAAGAUAUGCUAAAUUUUGUCAUAUAGGAAAAAGUUCCAGUUUGGAAAGAGACAGUAUUUAAAUGAGUGGUGGGAGUUGAUAUAUAACUUAUUUAUUGUGUAAUUAUAAUGCUACACUUGCUAGAGGAUAUAUAUGGCAUAAAUAACUUAUUUUAUUAAAUAUUCAUCAAUUUUGUCGGUUAAUAUGAAUCGUCAGAUCCUUAUA